UUAUUGAAUAAAACAACAGGUUUCCAAUGUUAUCACUAGUAGAAACACAUUUCAACUUUAGUUUUUAAAUAAUAAGCUGAAUAAUAUCUUAAAGGAUUUGUCCUUCAUAAAAUACAUUCUGAUUCCUUUCAAUCUAAGCUUUAAUUGUCAGGAAGAUUACAAAUGCAUAUUUUCUAAUUAGCAGUAGAAAGUCCCUCCACCCCUGCAAAAUAAAAUAAAACAAAGAAAAAGAAAAAGAAAAAAGGAAGAACCUAAACACUGGGACUAAUUUAGUAGAGGCCAACCCCAACCUUAGACUUAGACUCCUUAGACUCCAUCCCCCUCUCCUUCAACAGUCCUCUGGCAUGCUGAGCUCCAGCCCUCUGUGUUCCCUUCAGGUGAAUCACCUUCUGAUUCCUGCAGGUUCAGGAAAUGCUCUUCCGCAGUCGACAGAUCUCACCUACUCUCAGAUGUGAGUCACUUACUUUAGCGAGAGAGCAAGUUGCUCCAGUUGUUCCAAGCAGGACAAUCUGAAAGGGUGCCUCAGAGGACACUCUCAAGGAGAGUAGGGGAGAACCCACCCUCUCUGACAGGGAGAAAAAUGCUUAUUUUUCAUGCUGUACCAGAAAACCCACUUCUCUGUUAACCAUAGUUUCAAGGCUUAUUCUUAAUUAGAGUUGAGAAGCUUGUUCCAACUCGAAGACACCGUAUCAGGUGAAUGGACACCCAGACACCGCAAUGAAAGGACUCAAACCAGGGAUAGCCUAUGCCGAACCCUCCCCUCAGUCAUCCCCGAGUGUUUCCUGACACGUAUUUUUGCUUACAGUCCAUCACAACUGAAGAAUGGGGCUCAACUUGACACUUGCAAAAUUACCAGAUAAUGAGCUGAACAGCCAAGGGAGUCAAGCACCAAGUAACACGAGCGAUGGACCCGGAAGGAACAUCACAGUUAACAACGAAUUUGACACUAUUGUCUUGCCUGUGCUUUACCUCAUUAUAUUUGUGGCAAGCAUCUUGCUGAAUGGUCUAGCAGUGUGGAUCUUCUUCCACAUUAGGAAUAAAACCAGCUUCAUAUUUUAUCUAAAAAACAUAGUGGUUGCUGACCUCAUAAUGACACUGACAUUUCCAUUUCGAAUAGUGCAUGAUGCAGGAUUUGGACCUUGGUACUUUAAGUUUAUCCUCUGCAGAUACACUUCAGUUUUAUUUUAUGCGAACAUGUAUACUUCCAUCGUAUUUCUUGGGCUGAUAAGCAUUGAUCGCUAUCUGAAGGUGGUGAAGCCAUUUGGGGACUCUCGAAUGUAUAGCAUAACCUUUACUAAGGUUUUAUCUAUUUGUGUUUGGGUUAUCAUGGCUGUUCUGUCCUUGCCAAACAUCAUUCUAACAAAUGGCCAACUAACCAAGGAAAAUGUUCAUGACUGCAUGAAACUUAAAAGUCCCUUGGGAGUCAAAUGGCAUGAAGCAGUCAUUUAUGUCAACAGCUGCUUAUUUGUGGCUGUGCUGGUGAUUCUAAUCGGAUGUUACAUAGCCAUAUCCAGGUACAUCCAUAAAUCCAGCAAGCAAUUCAUAAGCCAGUCAAGCCGAAAGCGGAAACAUAACCAGAGCAUAAGGGUGGUUGUGGCAGUGUUCUUCACCUGCUUUCUACCCUAUCACUUGUGCAGAAUUCCUUUUACUUUCAGUCACUUAGACAGACUUUUAGAUGAAUCUGCACACAAAAUUCUGUAUUACUGCAAAGAAAUGACACUUUUCCUAUCUGCGUGCAAUGUGUGCCUAGAUCCAAUCAUUUACUUUUUCAUGUGUAGGUCAUUUUCAAGAAGGCUAUUCAAAAAAUCCAACAUCAGAACCAGAAGCGAAAGCAUCAGGUCACUGCAAAGUGUCAGAAGAUCAGAAGUCCGCAUAUAUUAUGAUUACACAGAUGUGUAGGAGUUAAGGGGUCAGGAGGCCUACUCUUGUUUGCAAAGUGUACAGAGUGUAAAUAAAUGUUUCUUUUGAUUAUCCUUGCUUCAGUCUAUCAAAAUACGGACAAAAGAGAAUUAAAAUGAUAUGAAACUUGGGUAUCAUUUGAAACUAAGAAAAACAUUAAGGCAUGCCAAAAAGUGAGCUAAGCGAGAGGCGGUGUGCAGUUGAGUGGCAGGUUCAUGACUCGGGGUUUCAGGAACAGACUGCAGAGGCAGAGAAUGCCAUGGCAAAGCCAGGGCACUGCCAGCUAAUACUGCUGCUGGGAAGCCACUUCUGAGAUAAAAGAACACAGAGAGGAAAUAACUCUAUAUAGCUGUAGAGUUUAAGAUUUGGGAUCAUUUUUGUCUGAUAUAAUUAGGUACGUAUUAAUUGCUAGGCCCUCUGACCUUCCAUUUAUGAAUAUGUAGGACCUCGGGCAAUCCGCCCUUCAAUGUAUUCAUCAAUGUCCGUGCACAUCAGAAAUAACUUUAUAGUGUGGAGGAGGAGGAGAGGGAUUUAACUAUAUUUCUUAAGCAAUGUAUUUGAAAGGCUGAAUCCAACUGACUGAUUUUAAACUUAGGCUAUUUCAAAAAAGAAAAACUAGCUAUGAAGACAAGUGGAUCUUGGAUAAAACACGACAUUUGCCAUUAUUAUAUUGCUAUGCUGCUAAAUCCUCCUGGGUUAAAAAAAGAGAAUAUGGAAGCUUGGUUAAUAAUCAAGUAUAUGUGGCUUGUAAACAA